AUGGAUCCCGCCAAGGAAGAGUCCGAGCUCCGGCACCUUUACCACCGGAUGCUGCGUCCGCUGACGCUCUUCCCUCGCCGGGAGCCGCUGCCCGAGCCUCAGAGGACCCCCCCGCAGGACCCGGUGCUGCCCUUGCCGGUCUCCCGGCUGACGCAGGCGUCGCUGUGCCACCAGGUGGCCAAACGGCUGGCCCAGAGCGGGUUGACUUUGCAGGUGUCGGCCGAGGGCCGGAGCCAUUUGACCAACGUCAUCCUGGACGAGCUGAAGUGUGGCUGGUGGGAGCCUCCCCCGGAGCCCGGGCUGAGUCACCUGGACAACCAGAGGCUGCGGAAGCGGCUGCAGGCCCACGUGCUGCUGAGCAGCGAGCAGCUCUUCUUAUGCCACCUGAACAUGCUGGCGACCUCGGAGACCACCUCGACCGUCUUCACCAAAAACGCCAUGCUGGUCCGUUUGUCCGCCAGCCUCUCGAGGUGCUGCACACAGUUCCUCACCAGCCCUGAUGUCUACCGAGGCCUGUUGGCCGACUUCCGAGCCCAGCUGCAGCUGGAGCAGGCACAGGGCGGCUUGCACAAAGUGCGAUCCGAGGGCUCCAGUGGGGCUCUGGGGCUCUCCAGCAUCCCGUUGCCCUGCAGCACUGGCAUCGCCUCGGUGCCCCUCCACCAGCUCAACCUGAACCACCUUAUUAAACUCAGCCGCCCCGCGCCCAAGGAGCUCAAGAAGGAGCCGGUGCAGGAUCCCCUGAAGGAACUAAUGUCCAUCCCCCAGCUGAAGAGAAAGUCUCUGCGCUUCUGGCCCUUCUUGCCAAAGAGAAGACCCCCCUGUAGACCCUUGAAGACCAGCCCCCAGCCCCAAGCAUUCCCCACCCGGGUUCCCUUCCCCAGGGCCCCGACCCCCUCCCGGCCACUCGCCAAGCUCCUGGUCCGGAAGGCCGAAUCCAUGCCCUGUCUGCGGGAGGGCAAAAGGCUGUCCGACUUCCUGGGCCUCCCCCCGUUUCCCAGUCGCCCUCUCUCCCCCACGGUUCUGGUGGCCAAGAGCAAAGCCGAGUUGGCAGCCGGGAUAGUAGCCAAGGACUUGAAGCAGCUGGUCAAGAACCUGAAACUGGAGCAGCCGUGUUCCUCGCCACUGCACUCCUGCCUGGACCCGCUCCUGGGGGCCCUGACCCUGUGCCAGGUUAAAACCAAUCGCUUGAAAGGGCUGCAGGAACCACAGAAGGAGCUGGAAGAAGUCACAUUAGCCUCGGCGCAGCCGGUGCUCCCGAGCACCCCCGAAGUCCCUCUAGACCAGUCCCAGCCGGUCACUUUCACCAUGAAGGUGAACCAGGGCUUUGUCCAGGGCGCAGCCAUGCUGGUCUCCGAGAGAAGCAUCGAGAACACCUACUGCGUGGAGGGCGCCGGGCUCCUGUACAACCACCUGAGCGGUGAGCUGGAACCCAGGCUCCUCGACAAGAUGAAAGUGGAGCACUUUCUGGGUACCAGCAUCCGGGAGGUGUACAAGGAACUGAUGAACUGCGUCUCGUCCCGUUACUUUUCGCUUGAGCAGGAGUCUCCGGGUGAGGAGCCGGCGCUCCAGACCAUACCCUCCGCUAUGUUGACCUCGGCCUUUCUCUUUCCCAAAAAACAGUAUGCUGCUAUCAACCCCAUGCUGGCCGGGAUCGCCUCGUACAAAGUCGACCCUUCAAGUCUCAGUGAAGACAAGAUGGCCUCUUUCUCGUCGUUCCAAGGGCUGCAAGCCUGGGGCGGAUACUUCCAGAAGCUCUCGUGGCUGAGCUGGUGGCGAGCUACCGUGUCUGCGGACGAUUAUUUCAAGUACCUCUACAAAGAGGACACGGAUUUCCUCCACGUCAUCUUCCACCUGUAUCAAGAGGAAGUGCCCAAGGAGGCCCCUCCCCCCGUCAGAAAGACCCCCAAGAUUCAGCACCCACCCCCCUUGCUGCAGGACGAGGAGCCCGACUUCGUGCCCGGAGAGUGGAACUGGGGCAGCCUGACCGAGUACAGCGAGCAGAUGGAGCGGCUCCUCCUGGACGAACCGCACCGGUUCCUGGGCCUGCAGGAACGGCUGGAGCAGCUGUGGAGCAUGCUGGAGGUCCCGGCGAGGGAGCAGCUGGACAUGGCCAUCAAGUACAGCUCCAACACCCACGUGAAGCAGCUGCCGUCGCUGGUGAAGGCCUGGGAGCAGGCCCUGGAGCACAUCCGGCAGCGGGAACUGUUGCUGGGCAAGCUGGAGUGGUUCGAGCGGCAGGCCUCCAACCCCAACCGCUUCUUCCAGAAGACCUCCCGCUCCCGACGCCUACUCGAGGAGAGCCAGGUCCGCGACAAACUCUACAGGGCCCUCAGGCGCAUGGAGAGGCCGCUGACCACCAUCCUGGAGGACAUCGAGGCCCUCUUCGGCGAGCCCGUGACUUUCAAGGGGCGCAGCUACCUGGAGAAGAUGAAGCACGACCGGGUAGAGAUGCUGUUCUGGCUGCAGCAGCGGCGGCGCAUCCGCCAGCUGGUCCGGGCACAGAAGGCCAAGCACAGGAGCCAGGGGGGCCGGGGGCUCAGGAGCCAGGAGCUGACGGCGCCGAGAAACACGCCCAGCACCAGCUGA